ACUCACCUCCCCCCUCUCUCCGGCAGUGGUUCGCUCCGCACUCUCCAGCUGAUCGGCCCAGGAUUCCCCGGUGGCUCCGUCCGUCGUUUGGCUUUGACGGCUCGUCUCGACGUCGAUUUAAACUGUUUUAAUUCCACGGAGUCAGGGGCCGCUCGUGUCGGCAAAACGCUCCCACUAUCGUGAAACUGUCACGGAUAAUCUUGCCAGGGUAUUGACUCUGUACUUGUCAAAGCCAGGGGAUCUUAACGCAAAUACGAGGCCCACAGUCCAUCCCCGGAUUCACCUGCUACACGGAGAGCUUCACACGGGAGAUACCGACAUGGGGGACACGGGGAGCGAGGGCAGCAAGCCCCCGAGUAACGUGAACGUGAUACCCCCGCGCUGCCCCUGUGGCUUCUGGGGGUAAGACGAAAGUUUACUCCUUGAAUUGCUUUCUUUCUUUCUUUCUUUCUUUCUCUGAUAACAGCUAGCUGAGUCGCUAGCCACUAGCAUUAGCAGCUCAAACAGGGAUGAGCUGCUUUUCUUGUUAUUACCCCCUCCCCAUUGUUUUGUAGCACUAGCUGCUCGCUAACACCAGCUGGCCUCGGCAACCUUCACAUGUACAGGUACUGAGCUGGCUAAGGGUGCGGGAUAAGCCUCCCAGGUAUUGACACAGGUGUGACAACGUUGACUAAAUGGCUAAUUUCAAAGUAUUGAGUGAAAAUAUAGAGCACUUUGAUGUUAAAACUCUAGAUAGUGGUGUUUUUACAUGAUCUCGACUUGGUAGAAACUAGCAUUGGUUAGUUUUUAUCGAUUACAUCGAUGUAUGUUUAUUUUUGAAAACCUAAUGGGUGUUGUUCAUGUUGGCUACAGGGGUGUUUUUAUAUUUAAAUACACUCUUUAUUUUUCGUCCAACAAAUUAUUAUACUAUUAUUUCAUUGUCAAGUGUUUUUAAUCUCAUGCCUAAUACCUCUUUUGCUGUCAGGAGUGUUUGGAGACAAUGCGUAAAUUUAGCCGAGCACAAGGAAGUCAAGAUGAAGCAUACAUAUUAGGAGCUUUUAUGACUAUCAGUGGCUUGCUCUCAUGGUCUUGAAAUCUAAUGGAAUGCUAAUUUCUUUAACCAAGGAAUUUACCGACUACUUAGAUCAGGGGUGGGCAAUUAAUUUUUACAUGGGACCACAUGAGAAACCUGAACUGUGUUGAAGGGGCCGAACCAACAAUAACUUCAACUUCAAAUCAGGGGGGGUUCACACAUACAGAAAAGCCCAAAUAAGCAACUACUGGUAAAAACAUGCCUAACAAAAGCGCACCCAUGCCUCACGAGUUUUACAAGCGACUUCUGAGAGAAACAAGCUUAAAGUCUUUUAUAAUAAGUGGACUUGGCAAUUCUAAGGCGUCUACGAAUAUUUUGCCGAUGUUUAAACUUGUCUCUGUUCACGAAUGCAGAUCUAGGAUGUACGCACGUGUCCAAACAGAAAUAAAACAACUGCUAUGUUUUUCUAAAUAAAAGCAACACAAUUUCAUAGCAUGUUGAUGAUUUGAUUGACGGAUCUCACGAAGGGCCGGGCAGGGACAUCCAAAGGGCCGGAUGUGGCCCAGGUCUGACUUAGAUUGAGACAAUAUUUUUUUACAUUCAGAAUCACUAACUGACCAAAUACAACUUUGUCCAUUGUUGGAGCCAAACAUGAAAUCUAAUUAAAAUAAUGAAUUUAAUUUAUGAUAAACUAGUUAAAGGAAAGAAUAUUAAUUUAAAGCUUGUAUCAAUUUUCUUGCCUGCCUAAUUGCUAAUAAUUUUAGUCCUCAUUUCAAUUGAAGUAAUUAGUAAAAGGUAAAAGGACUAAAUUGACCGUAAUUUUCUCCUGCUGCCCAUCCCUAUGUACGGAAAAGGUUGUCGACUGCAAAGAGCAGGGACGCCAAUAUAUAGUUACCUUUCUAGUUACCUUUCAUUCACUUUAAUCUGUAAAGUGGCACAUGUAAAUCUUUUAUUUUUCUUGGAAAUGAACGUUGGAAGUGAUGCUGGAUCUGCCGCCACUUUUUGUUUGGACUGCGUGUAUUAGACCCACUCGGCAGUGGUUUUCUUUGGAGACUUAAAGCCACUACACCCAUAGACAGUUAAACUCCAGUUUAACAUUACUAUCAGUGUGCAGAUAAGUUAAUACACUGUGGUCAAUACAAGGGCAAGUGAGACAAUGUUUGUCAUUUGCAUAAACAUUCAACACUGUUUCAGCCAUCACACAGUACUCUCCUUUUCAAACAGUACAAGAAAGGAGACGUUAGACAAUAAUGUAUUGGAGAGCACAAAGGACUUUUGUUCGAUAAGAAUAAGGUUGUAACAUACACUAACAGUAGAUUUGUAGUAUACAUUUGCAGCAGUUACAGAUAAACUAGAUAUGCAGUAUAGAAAUGAAUGAUACAUGGAAAAGAGGGUGAAUAGACAAUGACAAUAGAUACUUCACAUUUCCCCGCUUGCAUUUUUGUUGUACUUAACAUGCUCACCUGAUUUGGUUAUCAGAGAUUAACUGCUGUUUAUCAUUGUUUGCAUUUGGUGGGCUAACCCAAAACAAGCCAACUUACAUUUUAAAGCCAAACACCAAUUGGGGUUUGCUGAAAAAGUUUGAAAACAUUUUGGGACAUUAUUUACACUUAAAAAACUUUUCUCAUGCCAAGUUGUAAAGGCCAGAAGCUGUCAGUCACCCAGGCCAUUAAGGGAGAUUUGUCUUUCCAUGUAGCACAUCACCUGUUUGAUUUUCCUUUAAUAUUCAAACAAGAGCCAGUUUCAUGCAUUUGAGUAUCUCAUUUGUUCAGCAUAUCUGUGGAAUUCAUCUGCCUGGAGGUAGGAGUUAGCUAAAAGACAAAUUCAGUCCCCAGAUCUUCCUGUCAAUGAUGGUACUUUUCCAAUGAACAUUAAAAAAAAAUCCCAGCUGGGUUUUCGAUAAAGGAAAAAUGACUAAUUUGAUCAGAGGUCACAUGGGUUUCAACUGUCUGUGUAUAUAAAACAAUUACAUCUUUGUAAAACAAGAGCCAAAAAUCCACAUUUACUCUCAAAGGUACUUGAUUCAAUGCUUGAAAUGUUCCUCACACCUACAGUAGUCUGGUAGAAAACUGUGAUGAUGUGUUAUAAUUUUGUAGUGAUAGAAAUGAAAUUCACAGCCUCCUUUAGACCAAAUACAACAGCUAGAGCAGACAGUGUAUUUUGUUUUUAAACCGAUGUAAUCAGAGCUGCUGUUAUUUUGUUAAUGACUCAGUGAUGAAGUUGGUUUUCUACUUUUAAAAAACUCGGUGGUUCAGUUCUGGCUUAUUCUUGGGCAAGAAUCUGACCCCAAACUGCUUCUGGUGGUACAUGCAUGUGAAUGGGAUUAGCUAACAUUGACAGUCACUCAGCAUAGCACCUUCUACCAUUAACAAAUGUGUGUGUGUGAAUGAUAUUCAAUGUAAAAUGACUCAAGCUGUCUCACUCUCAAGACUUGAGAAGCAGGAUGUAAGUACAUUUACCUUUAAUUAAUCCAUGCACCGUAAUGACUUAAUAUCAUACAACCCCGUAGAUUGUAUAUCAAAUUAAAACCUAGUGUCUGGGUCUGAAACGUUGACCCUUGAGUGCCUUAAACCUGAAUUCCCAAAUGAGCAACAGGGGAUUUCUACACUGGUUCCAAAAACAAACACAACAACAACAACAAAAUCCAGAUUUUGUUAAACGUUUCUGCAAAUAUGCUGGUAUCUCAUCUGAUAAAUCACCUCGGUAAUUUUCCCCCUGAACAAGACUUUCCUGCUUACGGGCUUUGUUGUGAAAUGUAUGGGGGACCUUGAAUCACCCGCUGGACAAGACAUCUAUUAAAUCAUGUCAUUGGGCUCAGCUUAAAAAAACUUGUCCUGGUAGUGAGUUGUUUUGUGUGCUGCAGACUUGUCAUCAUGAUGUAUGACGACACUUUUAACAUACUUCCUUCAGGUCAGGGCGCUCACUUGUCACUUAUCUCUUUCAUGCUGUUCGACCUCCGCUUUUGUCUUUCUGCUUCAAACGUUGCUCUGAAGAGACGCAUCCAGGUGCGCUAUGUAGGACUGUGAUUGGUGCUCUGUGGCUCAUGAACCAUAAUUGUUCCUGACAUUUAGAAAGAGAUGGCUACUUCUACUUCCUUUUUUGAUUUCUCACUGAGAGCAGAAGACCUGAUUGUCUCAAAGUGAUCUUUGACAGGGGAGCCAGAUAAAAUGACUUUGCUCUUUUUUCAAACCUAUUUAUUGAAGCGACUUCUCUAGCUGUAGAAGCUGAUCUUAUCGGAAAGUUUGUCAGACUUAAAUUUACAACUUAUUUAGCCUGAUAAAGUUUCUACAACAAGGCGAGGUUGAAGAGGAGGAGACUGUAAAAGAUAAACCAGAUUUACAGCGGGAUUUAGUCAUCAAUUCAUCAUUCUUCAACUCACGCAGUGAAGGUUUUUGUUUUCACAGGAGCUUAAUUUCAUCAUGCUGUAACUGAUGUCAGGCUAGUCUUCAGUCUGCUUGAGCAGUUGUGUUUGCCUGUUGCAUUCCUUGUCCUUACAGGUGUGGAUUGUUUGUGUUGGUCUUUGUUAGUUGUGCGAAUGUUUUGGCGUGGCUCAGUGUCAGGGCUGUGUCAGGUGGAGCUUAACUUGGAUUUGUCUGUCUCGCACUGUAAAGUGAAUGCAGUCUUGUAUCUCUGUUAUACACUUAUACUCAGGCUUGUUGUACAGUGUAAAUUACUUUGAAUCCAUUUCGUUUGCCUACUUUCAGAAGGGUUAUGUACAUUAAUUCAGACCUUUUUAUUGUUUUCAAAAACUGUUCUGUGUGUUUGGUGUUUCAAGUAAGCAGAGUGUAGGAAACACGAGAAAGGUCAAAAUGAUGUAAAAUUCAAACUUAAGCACUAUCAACCUGCUUUAAAAUUUCUGAAAAGAACCAAAAAGAAUCCAAUUUUCAGCUAAAUGAUUCAGCUUUAUUGCUCAACCAAUUGGUAUAUUUUAGUGGCCUUAUAUUAGAAUCAGUCAUCAAGCAUACACAAGAUAACAGGACAGGAUAAAGUUACAUCCUGGAUCUUUAUUCAUAAGGAAUGCCAGUGUACUUUUUCUCUGUCCAACUCGCUGUUGGACUUUAGUUUCAAGAGAUCCUGGCUUUUACUUUACAAAAGAUACAACCCAGAGAUCUUCCUACUGGUUGAUAUUAGACAAAAAAUACCCUCAAGUUGAAAAACAAAACCAGUCCCUGAGUUAGCUCUGUGUUUUUCAACGCAGCUAGAGAAGACGGGUCAACUUUUGUUUGAAUUCAUCACAAGAAAAGUAGCUUCAAACUAGGGCUGGGACGAUAUGCUUUUCUCCUGAUUCAAUUCUUCUACGAUUUUUUGGAUGCCGAUUCGAUUUAAAGUGCCAUUCUACAAUAUUGUCGAUUUUCUUUAUUUUUAGUCAGCAUUUUUAACACCAGUGAAACAGUUGAACGAUUAUGAUUGUCUACUGACUACUCCAGGAGCAAAUAUUUCCCCAAAAAAUACACAUUACAUGUAAGUCAUAGAAAAAAAACAAAAUGAUUUUUGAACAAAAAAAUCGAUUUAAAAAUCGUCGUGUAAAAAAAUGCGAUACUUAUGUGAAUUGAUAUUUUCUCCCACCCUUACUUUAAACUGUGUAUCACAAGGUGAACACAACUUUGUCUGAUAUGGUUUAUUAAAAAACGACUUGAUUUUAACGCCUCUGUCAGGAAUUUUAAGUUUGCUUCAACUUUGGCGUCCCCUUCAGAGGAAGGAUUCUUGACUUAUUCUAUCCUCCACAUGCUAAAGUCGUGUCAUCUCACAAUCUCACCAUGUACCGUGUAUUUAGAAUAUCUAAUGCAAUCUUUGUAAAAACCAGGGUUGUUUCUUCAGCUGCUUGACUGACUCCUUCCUCUAACACCAGUUUCAGGUGUUAAAAAUUUCAAUGCCAAACUUGUUGCCAGUGGUCUUGUCUGCUUUCCUACAUCAUAAAAAGACAUCAAUAUGAAUCUCAGUCUAUUUAAUAAACCUAAAAAAAAUCACAGAAGCUUGAAGUGAGAUCAGAAUUCUUACAUUUUUUACAGGAGGAAAAAUGACAAAGAGCUCAGUCUAUAGAAAAUUAGCUUCAUUGGUGUCAACCUGGUAAUUUGAACCUGUGAUGAAAAAGCUGAAGUGUCUUUUUGUGCUCUCAAUUCUUUGUUCCUAUUGAAGGGCCCUAAACUUCUGAACCUGUUAAAAGUGUGAAUGCAGAACAAUGAUCUCUACUCACUCCUUUUGACACCAAGUUCACCUGAGCUUUUCUCUCUUGCUGUUUUAUUACACCAGAUUACAUUUCUGCAAGAACUAGUUCAUCUCUAUGUGGGUUACUGAGCUGCUGUGAAUUUUCUCUGUGAACAGAAAAGACUUUUGACUGUAUUAAGGAAGUGAUUUUGAAUUGAACUGCUCAUGUCCCUCUAAAAGCAUCACCGUGGCGACACAGCCCUUCUUCCUGUCUCUUCUAAUCACAUGUUCUCAUUAGUAACAGCAGUGGGCCGUCUGUGCAAACAUCACCCAGCCCAACUAGCAUUCAUUUUCUUUCCUACACGUUUCUUCCUCACCCUUUCUCACCCCUUUUUAUUUCCUUGAUUAAACAGUGAUUAGAUUACCUCUGAUUCAUCACACUGACAACAGGAUAUGACCGGUUGUUUAGCCAGCAUCAGCUUCCUCUCUGUCUGUUUCUCAUGAUGAGCUCUCUCCUCCUCUUCCUCCUUUUUUCUUUUUAUACCCUUCAGCACAUAGCAGCAGUCUGACAAGCGCGACUCGGGUUGACUGCAGCUGACCCUACAUUUAGAAAUGAGGACAAAGGUGUGCAACGAAGCACCCAAAAUAAAUAGAAUGUGACUGAUAGCGGUGACCGUCACGCUCAGUGUGUAGACGGUAAGGACGGAGGCGGGAGAGGAAAUGAGAGGAGCCCUCUCUGAGGAAAGCCAGAGCCAUCUGUUGUAAAAGAGUUGUGUCACUGAAAUCAGCGAGGCCUCAGUGAUCAUCUCCAUAAACAGGGCCAUCUCACAUCAAAGAUCUUCAUCCGUGAUUAGGCUUGGGAAAGUAUGUGGAGGUAACGGUGGGAUUUUUUUCCAUUGAAAUACAUGAAUGAUUCAGCUGAUAGCAGCUUCGGUCCCUGGUAGAGAGGGCAAGUUAAUGAGCUCUGUAAUUUCCUCCAUUUUCCUCCUGCUCAAAUGGCAGCUCUGUUUGCCUCUAACACACUGAAUAGGACCCUCAUAUAUUUAUAUAAAAUCAUCAGCUCUAAGUACACUGCUGCCACAUUUUACAGAAUUAAAGCUCCUAUUAGAAAAAUUAUAUCUAAUGAAUGAACAGAUAUAUGUAAGGGGUGCAGAUGGCCUAGUGGUCUGAGCACGCCAUGUUUAGAGGCUAAUAUAUGGGUAACAUAGAUUAGAUUAGACCAGUGGUUCUCAAGUCCAGUCCUUGAGCCCCCCCGUCCUGCAUGUUUUGGAUGUUUCCCUGCUCCAACACACCUGAUUCAAAUGAUCAGCUCGUUAUUAAACCAUUACAGAGCCUAAUAACGAGCUGAUCAUUUGAAUCAGGUGUGUUGGAGCAGGGAAACAUCCUCUUUUUAUCCUCUUUUUGGUCUCUAAAUAGCUGCACAAGCAUAGCUCAAAAAUAACAUUAGUUUGUUCAGUUUAUUCAAACGUGACAUGCUCGCAAACAUAAUUCAACCACAUACCUGCUGACACAUCUUAAGGACAUUCAGCUUGGAGGAGUGUUCAUGGAUUUUAGAUCAAUGCAAGACCUGCUUAUUUCUGUGUCUGUUGAUUGACCGAGUGUUGGUUCUUUCCUUGUAGCACCUGAAGCGGUUUCCCCUCUCAUAACAUGUCUCCAAUGAGCCUCAGUAACCUGUUACAGUCUGCAUGAUGAGUGUGCCUGUUUGCCUGAUAAUGAGACUCAUUUGAUUUAACACUCCUCUUAGAAAAGUAAAAUGUUUAAAGUGUUGUCUUGCAGAUUUUAAGUCUAUUUAUAAGAUUUAUAGAAAAACAAAAACAAAAGUCAUGAGCGUUUUGAACUUCCUUAAAUCACGGCAGCUUUGGAUUUAAUAAAAAAAUAUUCUCAUUCUCAUAAGAAACCUAUCCUCAUCCCUGAUUAACACAUUUUCCUCUUUUCUCUGUUUUUUUUUUUAGCUCCAGCAAAACGAUGAAUCUCUGCUCCAAAUGUUUUGCAGGUGAGUUCCUGUUCCUCUGUGUGUGUGUGUGUUUGUUUGGUUGACUGAUCUUCUGUCCAGCAUGGCGCUCGGAGGGUUUUGGAUGGUGACUUUUUCCUCCUCUAAAGCAGCAUGUUCUAAAAAGGCCUUCAAGUGACACAAAAGUGAACAAACAAGUCUUGUAGAGAAUCUCAGGGGUAGAUUGCAGUGUUUACAGAGUUUUGAACUAGUUUUAAGGACAAGGCAUUUCAGGCUGAAAUUUCCCUUUCUCUCAAGAACUUGUUUGACCUUGCCUUUAUCCUUCAGGAUAUUGAUUUACAUCUUUAUUGAUAUAUCCUUGACAAUAAAGCAGUUUGUUACUCUUUUUGCUUUUCAGAAAUGGAUAUUUUUUUUUUCUUCAUAAACCUUUUAAAACUGUCCUUUUGCUCAGAUCUGAUCAAAAUUUUUUGCUCGAAUCACACGAGUUAGAAUUCAUCCUGAUACAGUCAGCUGUUUGGCAUAUGAAUAGAAAACACCAUCAGUUAACAUCAGGAUUCAACAGAACUGUGUCUGUGCAUCUAAAGGGAAUUGAGUCUCCUUUUUGUCACAGUAGUUUGGUCGUUUGUGCAACCUUAAGGUCUUUUCACAUCGGGACCGUUUUUGUCAUGCAAUUAUUUCGGAGGUCAAUAUUUUUUUUCUAACCUGUAUCCUGUCAAUUCAAGCGUUCACAUCAGCGACGUUUUCCCGUCCUGCGAUAUUGUGACAUUUAUUUUUUUCGGAUCACGGUCGAUUUUUCUAAAGUUUCUCAUACUGUGUGUCCACUUCUGACCAAUCAGAUUGUGUGUUGUUGCGACGUCUGAUUCCCCGGUAUAUCCAACAUGGCCGACCGGCUGAUUGUUUAUGUGUCGGAGAACAGAGGGCUUUUUGAUAAAAGACACAAACAUCACAAAGAUAACAACCUGAAGGACAACAUAGCGUCGGAUUUCUCAUAUGACGAUGGUUUGUGUGCUUUAACAGUUUGCUAAGCGCCUUUGUUUUAACUUUCAUCUGUGCUAACGUAAGCUAACGGUUGUUACCAUAGUUUCAUAUUCUUAUUUUACCGCCUCUGAUUGGCUAUAAGUGCUGACCAUUUGGCAUGAGCGUGUGAUGACUGUUCCAGCUUUUCUAGCCAAUCAGAGGUGAAGGAGGCGGGACUUUCCCCAGGAAAAGUCUUCCCCAGUAUGCGCCCCCCCCCCGGAAAGUCGCAAAAUCGCAUUGGGCCUGAUGUGUAUAGGUGCGCCAAAAUUCGCCUCCAAAUAUUUCGUGAUUUCAUGUUCUAUAUCCGCAUCGGCCCCGGUGUGUAAGGACCUUUAUCCUCAAAAGUUUGCUUUCAAACAUGCUCACAAAGAUGCACAGAACCCACAUCUUUCCUUUGUUUUUGUUUUUUUUUUUGUUUUUUUUUAAACAGACAUUCAGAAAAAGCAACCAGAUGAUGAUUGUGCUCCAAAAGCCUCUUCCAGCUCUAGCAGCAGCCAAACAGACAUCUUUUGUAACGAAACAAGCAGCAGCAUCAGCCAGUCCCUAAUACCGAUGCCCAACACAUCAGAGGAGCCUUCGCCAGGAGAGGCAGGAGCAACGUCUCUACCUGCUCAGGAGGGUAAGACAGCAGUGGAUAAGUAAGAAACACACUUUAUUAAUUAACAUAUCAGAACAAACUAUGUGAGGGGUAGGACUCCUCAGUUGUUUCUGCAAAGUUAGAAGAGAACUCUGAGACACAAGAUAUAUGCGAUCAAAACUUCUCCACCGUGAAGUUUUCUUGCCCAGGACAUGUUUCUGAAGAAUGCAGUCACUAGAUUGUGCCAAAGGAAGCAGCUGCAGUGCUCCUAUCCUGGCUAUAUUUGUCCUCAUGGCACAGAUAGAAAGAAUAAUAGCAAAGGGUAUCCAUUCAGAAGUGAAGGUUUUAAGAGGACAUCCACAACUGCCAGGGCAUCGGUCAUCGCGGCACAGUGACAAGGUUAUUUGUGGAGGCUGAUUCAGGACAGAGCAAUAAAGCAGCAACCUAACGCAUGUGUGGACGUGUACACACACAGAGCUGCUCCUCUGCCUCCAGAGAAUACUGAUUUCUAGUUGGCUGAAAGCUUUUCUCAUAUUUGGCAAUGUUUUUUUUUGAUACCUUAGAGACUGAACAAUUAACAAUGUAGUCGAGAAAAGUCGUCUUUUGUUCUGAUGCUUAGUGGAAAAGAGCUAAACAGUAUCAGAGCAGCCUGCAGAUGACUCCCGAAAACUUUUAGUCUCAUGCUGUUAGUAUUUCAUACAAUGUUCUUUUGUGGGUAACCUAAAUAUCAAUUAAUCUGUCAGUCAGUUAAUCACCAUUUUACAAGUUUGUGCAUUUGUGUUAUAGAUGCUGUAAACCUUGAAGAACUUUUUCUAUAGUUUUCUAUAAUCAGUAACACUAACCAGGGCUCGACAGUGAGACUGUUUUACUUGCAUUUGCGACUACAAAUAGAUGUGUGCGAAUCGUAAAAUGUAUUUAGGGGCACAUGUGCGCAUAAAAAAAAUCAGCCAAGGCAACAAAUGUGUUUUCAUGUAAAUAACGCGGUGAAGUUAGUUUUAGGUUGGAUAUUCGGCGGACAUUCACUGCGGCUCUACCAGUGUCCUCUCACUCUCAAUUAUCAGGAAUGGCAGCAGCAGCACAGUUAAAUCUACUCAGCACCCUCACUGUCAACGUCAGUUGUUGACCAUCAAUAAAUUACCAGUUGAUGUUCUUAAAAGAGGCUGUUUUCCUUCAAUAGCUUCCAUGUCAUGUGACCAAUUGACCUAAAAUUGAUUUCAAAUAAUAGUACUUAUGUCAGACAGUAAGACACACUUCUUUGUUUCCCUAAUUUGUCCACUAAAAAAUGUUGUGUUAAAUUUAAAGGCAAAUUUUGAACAUUUUCUUGAAUAGCUUCCAUGUCAUGUGACCAAAAGACCUAAAAUUGAUUUCAAAUAAUAGUACCUAUGUCAACCAAUAAGACACACAUUAUUUGAUCAAUUUUCAUUGUGCCCCUAAAGUUCUUUGUGUGCUCCUUACUUUUUCAACUUAAGAGCACUUGACAUAGUGUCAAGCCCUCCUAACUAUGAACUCUAACCUUAAAAGCAUAUCUAUAUAACCUUACAAAUGCAUUUUUAAAGUUUGUGCAGAAGUAUUUCGUGCUCUGUUUUACGUGAAUAAACACCUGGAACAUUCAAUUCUGUUUGAAAAAAAUCGAACAAGUCUUGCAAAUUAAAUAUUAACAACCUCAUGUGCUCUUCUUUCUUCCAUCUCACCCCCCCACCCCCUCCUUUGUCUCUUAUUGUCUCUCUCUCUUUCAGAAGUAUCCAGCACAGACACAGCCUUCAGUUCACUGUCCACUCCCACAAAACGCUCCUUUGAAUCAGGUGUGUGCCCUAACUUUACCAUUGCAUUGUCUGUUAUUGUAUUUUGUGCUCUGCUCUUGUCAUGUCCACUUAAGGCACUGGAGUGUGGGACCCAGUAGCAUUAACAACAUCUGAUUGAUCCAAAGUGGCUAGGUUAAUUGUACAUCCAGUGUGAAACAGCAGAGGGAAGAUACCGGGGACACAAUCUAGUGUUUCUGUCACAGGCAGCAAAUAGAAAGUGGUAACCAGUGAAAACACACAAUACAGACUGUAAAGAACCCAAAAGGAGCAUUAUGAAGCUUUGUAGCAUUGUGUAUUCACAACAAGAUUAACAUUUGUGUAUACAGAUCUAAUCAAGUGUUAUCAGUGUCUUAAAAUGAUUUUAAGUAGGCAGGUAUUAAGUUUUUAAGUAUGUGUUUACCCUUUGGAGCUUCAAGUCUUGGGUGGAAAAAUGCUGCGCGGCACUCAUGUUAACUUGUACCUGCUACCAGGGAAGAGAAGGCUCAGAGAUGGUGUGUGAGCAUGCUGAUCUCAUGUCUAUUCCAGCUGGGUCAUGUUUCAUUUAUCUGCCUCCAUAAAUUAAACCCUGUACAAAGCAGUUCACAGCUACAAUACAAUCUAGCUUUACAAGUCGAAAUAUAUCACUGCCUUAAGUUGCAGUGCUGUUGUCUUUCACUCAGUUGUUUUUCCUUGCUGUUGACUCUUGAUUGAAUCAGUCCUCGAGAUUUAUCAGGAUAACAAAAGGCAGGCAAGGAUGCAACACUUUUUUCCACCAUGCACCUCCACAUGUAGAGAGACACACACUCUCACAUGUAUAUAGGGAUCGAUGCAGCAGGCUGGGGGGAUCUGGCUGCUCAGCCUGGCCUAGUUCUCAGAGAUUUAUUGAGUGCUGAUCAGCAUUCGGCCAGGCCGGGGAAAAAGUCUGCAGGAUUGAUGCGAAAGACUGAGUUAAAAUUCCAGGCGACUACUGAAACUGGCCGUGUGCUCCUCCUGUGGCAGGUGCUGGGUUGGAUGUAUUCUAAUAAAGGAGAGUACUAAUCAGAAAGCAUGUACGUUUUUGAUCAGGCAUUUCUGUUUCAGUUGGCCGGUGUUAGCUGCAGACGUCACUUGAUGUCCCAGUUGAUAAAAUAAAAGCUGUUACUAGAAGCCCUCAGUUGAUUCUUGACAUUUGGUUCAUGCGGCUGUUGUAGGCACUAUAGGUGCUUUUUGGAUUAUUAUGUUGAGAAGCUUCAGCUGAAGGUGGCAGAUAAACUGUAGAAAUCCAGAUUGAUGAAUCCUCUGAUGCGAAUCAAAUUUCUGAUCCUUUUAUGAACUAAAAUUUUUGUGUUUUUCUAACAUCAUAAAAACCUGAGUUGCACUUUCAAACGUUAGAAAUCUCUAUCUUAUGAAAACUCAUUAUUUUAGACCGGCCUACUUAGACUAGCAUUUGAUGUUCCGCUGCAGAGUCUGGACUUCUAACUUUUUUAUUUAAAACUUUGUUAUGUUGAUGUGUUUUUUUAAAUUGAUUUUACUGUUAUACUGAUGUGUCUUUUAAUUGUCCUGUAUGUUGUCCUUGAGUGCCCUGAAAGGUGCCUACAAAUAAAAUAUAUUAUCAUUAUUUAUUUGCAAACUGUUGAUAAUUAUUUUAAAUUUGUGAUUAUCUUGAUCAUUAAAAUAUCUAUUAUUACAUAGUAGCUUUUGAACAUAUGAGAUGAAUGUGUGUAUUCAAGCCUGAUAGCACCAAGGAAAGCUGUCUGGCUGCAGAUUUCUCAGUUUCUCGGAGCAUGAACAUUAAAUCCAAUCUUCAUUUUUUUCUGAAAAUAGAAAAGUUAACUUCCUUCAAAACAGCACAUGUCAUUAGAGUUGCAUUUGCAGCACAUCAUUUGCAACGAGCGGCCUUUUUCACCUUCAUUUCUGAGUGCGUGUACUUUUGUUUGUCUCCAGCUUCGGAGUCAGAGAGCGAUGUUUCUCCCGAAAAGCGAGCGAGAGUGGGCGAGGUGCCUGAGGGCGAAGAGUCUUCGUCAUCGUCUUUGUCUGCGUCGUCAUCAUCAUCCUCAUCCCGCAGCGGCUCUAAACAGCGCAGCCGCAAACGCUGCCACCGCUGCCAAACCAAGCUGGAGCUGGUUCAGCAAGAGCUGGGUUCCUGUCGUUGUGGUAUGAUUAUGUAACCUUUAUACACAUUAACAUACUUUAGAGCACGCACAUUUAACCCAACAGAGAGAUCCAUUUAUACUCACACGCUAAGCAGUUGAAAUUAAAGACCUGAGGGGGUAAGCACAGGGAAGUAAAUGACCUUUUUAGUGAUUUAUUAUGCCCUCAUGAUGCAUAAAUACAUGGCUAACUCGGUUAUAGUUGUGAGUUUUAGAUGUAGAGCAAUGAAAUACACUUAACUUCCUGUGCAUGUGUUUGCGUGUUGACGAAAACGUCGAUGACCAAAGUUCUCUGUUAGCCUUAGGGGACUAUUUCAGAUAGCCUGAAUGUUUCACAUUACACAUAAAACAUAAGCCAAUUACCACAAACACUAAUUCAGUUUAAACCAAUACUUGGCUUGCUAAUCAACUUGUUUGCAUACAAAUUAAAGUACUUAAAAAGUCACAGCUCUUCACUGCUUAAAGACCAUCUGCUUAAACCCACACAAUAAUUUCCAAAUUGGAAAUUGACUUGCCUUUUUUUUUUCCUACCAGGCGCUGCUUAAAGUGGGGCCAUCUAUCCUUAAUAGUCCAAACGCUCACUAUGAAAACAUGCUUUCUCAGACUGAAGGGGAAAUGGUGGCAAUUACAGUGAUUUCUGACUAUUGCAGUAAUUGCAGUUUUCUUUCCUAAUGGUUCUGCGGAACGUCUCGCAGUGUAAGCCAAGAAGGUCUGAUAAUGACUUGAAAGCAUGACGAUUUUCACAUUGUGAGCUGAGGAGAAAAGAUCGCUGCAGCGAGUAUCAGAUCUAAUGUUGUCACAGGUCUGUUGCACAAAGAGAAAAACUCAUCUGAUGAGUUGUAAGAAUGACACAGUGAGGGCUCUGGAAAAGCCAAUUAUAUCAUGCUGGUUCCCCUAAAUGGGAGAUCUUAUCCUUACUGGUGUUUUUCCUUCACUUUUACUUGGUGAGCAAACUUGUAAAUUUACCUCAAUCACUAACCUGUUCAAACUUUAACCUGUUGUAGCUACAGCGAUGUUUAUGCCAUAUUUAUAAGUUGAAUAGAGGACGUGAAAAUGGUGAGGUAAAUGAGAUAUUAAACAAAGAAAUGGCUUAUUGGACAAACUUUUCCUACUAAUUUUAUUUAAAUGUUUUCUGCUUAAAUUAAAUGAUUUUGGCAAAACUAAACAAAAUCAAUUAAACAGUUAGAGGUGCUGCUAUGAAGCGCCAUGAAUGAAGAUUUAGAAAUGAGAAAGAUGUAAUGCUUGACUUCCCAAAAUAUUCAAUAAAGUGGAGAGUUCUGCUUUGCAUUUCUUUUAGCUGUGGGCAUAUUGAUAAGACAUUUAAUUUGAGGGAAGAAAGUGCUUUUUAUUUACAGCAGGAUGAGUAGAUAGUUAUUUACCAAUUCAUUACACCCCUAAUCACGCAGUGGCUGCAAACCAUCAGGCUGUGCUGCAGCAGGAAAGGGAAUUUUAUUUUUAGUUUGAUUUUUACCACAAUUACUGGUAAUGUUUGAAGGAUUUUGUUUUUUGUGUGUGUGAUUGCACAUUUUUCUGAUUUCCUUUUCUCAAAUACAGCCACACUAAUUCUAUCCAGAAGAAAAUAGAAGGCAGCUCGAAUUUUAACCAAAUAACCUUGAAAUAUAUUUUCCAACAAAACCUCCCAUGUAAAUUUCCUUCCACUGCUUCAAUGUUGUGGAAGCUCGGCUAGAUAUAGUUUCAUCUGAACAAAUUUGAGAGUAAAGAUUCAUCCUAAAGCUUCUUUAGAGUCUUUUUGAGGUUAAAAUCAAACAAACUUUAAGCAACACUCAUGCCCUCACAUAAACCAGAAAGUCAAACUGAACUAUCAGAGUUGUGAUUGAUCAUUUGUGUUUCCUUCACUACUUCAGCAGUGGCUUCUGCAGUAGCCUCAUAAUAAGAGGGUUCCUGGUCUGAAUCUCUGUAUCUCUUGUCUCUAUGCAUCAGCCUGUAGUAGAGUGGCAGCCUGUCCAGAAGGUAUCCUGCCUCUCAUGAAAUGACAGCUGGAAUGUUAGCCACUUUAUAUGUGGUCUAGAUGACAAAUGAUUGAAAACAUGGACCUUUUCUUUCAGGUUAAGAGGCAAUUAACAGCACAAGACAAAAGAGAGUGUUUUUAAAUGUUUCCAAAAGUAAAAGGGAGCUACUUGUUAAAGGACACGAUUUAGACAUGCAGAGGACAGGAUACACAAAGAUAUAACACCAGUGUCCUCAGGGGGCAAUCAUGCACUGUCUGAAACUUCCUCACUGGGGCUUUAACAGAGAUGAAUAACUUUGAUUGAAAGCUGCUACUUCACCUCUAUACUUUAUGGAGGUGUUUUGUGUGUUUGAUUUUAAUGUUACAGGGGAAUAUAGGUGUAUUUGAUCACCACGGUAACCCCUCCUCUGGGUUUUGACCAGUGUCUCAACAGCCCAUCUCUUAAAAAGAUUUAAAUGUUACACAACUCCCCCUUUUCCACUCCAUUCAUGAGCACCGUAAUCACUGAGGCUUUAAUUGCAUAGCAACCAGCUGUCAAACUGGGCUUUUAAUCACGGCUCAUUGAAAAGCCAGAAGUGUUAUUAUGUGUAUUAAUGAAGGAAUUUAAGACGAUGAGAGCUAACGAGCUUCUCUGAGCUUAUCGAGCCUCCUACAGUGGCAGGGCUUUUUGUUGAGAGUGCUACAGCGGAGACAGAGAGUCAAUGAGAGGGAUGAGGGUUGUCUGCUUUGGUUGAAUGGAGUCAAAAGAGGGAGCUGUCUGCUCCAACUGAAUCUUCUCUGCUAACAAGACACUUUACAAAGGCAAGACUGCAAAGCAAUAAAUAUCUUUACACCGUAUGGUCAUUAAAAAUAAUGGUUUAUUAGCCUUGAUAAGCUUAUGAAGUAUAAUAAGGGAGAAUUUUUAGCUUUUUUAGGCUUUGAAUGAAUUGUAGGUGAUGUAGAAAUGCUCUUCUAUUCUUCAUGUAAUAAUGUGUUUCAUUUUAAAUUCACUGUCUGUCUGUAAUCUUUAGCAUCCUCAGCUUUUGUCUUCUCUGAUACAGGUUGUUUAUAGAUUUACUAAACUUGUCUGCCUCUCUUUCUCAUUCUUCUCUCACCACUCUCCAGGUUACGUCUUCUGUAUGCUCCAUCGGCUCCCAGAACAGCACGACUGUCUGUUUGACCACCUGGGCCGUGGUCGCCAGGAGGCCGUCCUGAAGAUGGUCAAGCUCGACCGCAAGGUGGGCCGGUCGUGCCAGCGCAUCGGAGAGGAGUGCUCCUGAGCUGCUGUUUCCUCAGCAGUCUCUCAGUGAUCAGACGGUGUCUUGGCACUUACAGGGAUUUGAUAUUUUUUCCACUUCUUGUUUUGUUUUUCGAGAACUUUGCAGGAUUUUUGGAUACAAGUUCUACAUAAAAAAAAAACAAUUUCUGUAACCUGUUACCCACAACCUGAUUGUUUUUUCUGCCUCUGUUGGCUUGAUCAGAUCCCUGCUGCUAAGAUGCCUUUUUGGAAAGUCCAAACCAGGAAUAAAAGAACAAUAAAAAGCAAAAGAAAUAAAAGAUUUCUUCACUUUUUUGCAAACUCCUGACUACACAAGCGAAAGAAGUGUACGAGUAAAAGGAUGUCGAGGAGAAAUACAACACUUUGGAAAGAUAUUUGGAAGCCAGUUUAAGACUUGACUUUUUACCUCAAAAAAAAGAGAGAAAACCCCACAAAGAAGACGAAGAUGAGGCAGAGGAGGAAGGGAAGGUUACCCUUUGUGUACACUUCUGUUUCGGCGCUCUUUUUAGACUGCUCUUUACCUCAAAAUCAGACAGAGCUGCUUUGUAUUCUGCGCCCAGCAUGGACUUCGAGAAGCAAACCGAGCUAGUUGGCCUCAGUAUAAGUCAGUGUCUUACCCCUCGGUAGUCCAACACCCCCAAUCCUAAACUGAAAGAAACACCUGUACAUGAUCCACCUCAGGUUAUCAGGAUAUCCCAGCCCAUUCUUCACCUCUCCUCCCUGAUCCUCCAGUUUUUCCCCCACAGGAAUCCUUUCACUGUUUUUGUUGUAAGAUUUCUCUGAAAGUGUUUCUUCUUUGUUGAAGAGGACAUGUGGACGAUAAAACUGACUCCAUGUUUAAGACUUUUGGUGCGAGUCUGACUCAAAAUAAACAUGUUAGUUGGAUUGAGUUGGGGAUCCAUGGAUUGCACACAGAUCUGUCUUCAAAGUCGGGAUAUGGUUUGUGGCAGAUUUUCUGUCUUCCUCUUUUUUGUCUCAGUCUUUAUCUCCCUGCUCUCCACAGCUCCUCUACAUAAAGACUGGUCUUUGUGUCUUUACGGCAUCACGUGGAUUAUCUGUGCUGGAUGAGAGCUGAUUUAUAGGACUGGGUUUGAACCUCAGUGUGAUUAUAUUCAUGAUCUGAAAUGUGGACGUUUUACACACCUGCAGAUCAACGUUCUUGUGCUCGAAUGCACUCUCUCAUACCUUAAUGUUGUUUUACGUGCUCAGAUGUUCUCACUGAGCACGGCUAAAAUCAAACAUUGUUGUAAACUUUGAGUUUGGACUGAAGAUGAAAUGGAUGAUGGCUGUAAUGGUUUCAGGUUUCUCAUUAUGUCUUAGUUAUGAACAUAUUGGAAGGUAAUGUUGGGCUCCAUCUUGGACAAAAGAUGUCUUAUUGUUUGUUUUUCACUCCUUUUACCAGUCCUUUAAUGCUCCUGCUUCCUCCGGUGCCCUCUCUUUUCAUUUCCAGCCAGCAUGAUGAGCUCACGUGUGCUCUCCUCCCUUUUCUCUCUCAUCUUUCCCUUUAUUGAUUGCUCUAUUUUUCCAUGUUUCGCCCUCUCUGCCCUCUUUUCCUCUCUGCCUUUAGAGGAGGGAGGUGGCUGUAGAGCUGAGCCGAGUGCUGAAAGUGGAAAAAAAAAAUAAGCAAAUAAUUACUUUCUGGUGGUAAUGUUUUUCUGGUGGACUGUGGAAGGGAAUGAACAGAUCAUGCAUAAUGAAUGAAUAUUCUUUAUCUUUAAGAAAAACCUUAUUUAACCCUUUUUUUUGCGUUUCGCUUACACUUUUAGUGUAGAGUUUUUUUUUUGUUGUAAUGUGUUUAUUAAAUGGGAAGAUGAACGUGGAAAAUUCUAUAUUUUUUGUUUCCAUUGCUUUACUUUUUGCUCCCCCUUCCAACUAUUUUUCUUUUACUGAGAAAGAAUAAACUGGAUUAGACAAAGUGGGAUCAUCUCUAGUGUACUCAUUGAUAUGCUUGAUGGAAAAAUGAAGGAUAAGGUAUAUGUUUAUUACAAUAACAUUCUGCUGGUGGGAAAAACAAAACAUAUUCUUCAUGAUUUGAGAUGAUGUGUUGGUUAAGGUUGGUUGAGAGUCCAACAUGUCUGUGGCUCUCUGCCACGUCCUAACAUCCUGCCAGUUUUUAUAGUGAUGUAAAUGUCUGUUUACUGCUCACAGAGGGCCGCUAUAAAGCUUCUGUCAUUUAUUCAACAAA